AUGGUUCACUAUACCAGAUUCGUUGAACGUGGCCGUGUUGUGUUUAUAACUCACGGAGCUUACGCUAGGAAAAUUGCCGUUAUUGUGGACAUUAUCGACCAGAAUCGCGUCCUUAUCGAUGGACCUUGUUCGGGUGUUCCUCGCCGUCCCGUCAAUAUUAAAAGGCUUCAUUUAACAAAGUUUGUUAUGAAGAUUCCAGUGAACUGUGGCACUCUUGGGGUCGAGGAUAAUUGGCGCAGGCAGAAGAUUGGUGAGCUUUGGAAGAAGUCGAUGUGGGCUCGCAAGCUGGAGAAAAAGCGUAUCCGUGCGGGCCUCACUGACUUUCAAAGGUUCCAAGUCAUGGUAGCGAGAAAAACGCGAAAUAGAAUCAUUAGCAAUUAUCGCAUGAGGAAGACAACACUCCAGAUGAUCAAGAACAUGCGACCAAAGAAGAAAACUGCGUAA